AUGAUUGUGGAGCGGGAACAUAAGCAAGUUCUUGGGAAGCGAAACGCCUAUCUACUAGUGGUCUUUCUGUUGAGCGUCCUUCCGCUAAAUCGAGCGCAAUGGAGACCCUGCGUCGAACUGAAGCGGGAUCUCCUGAUUCCCUGCAAGUGCGCCAUAUCCGUAAACUAUCCGAGAUCAAUCGAGAUGAACUGCGACCAGGUGAUAUUUACGCACGACACCGUGAACGUUCUGCGUGGUCAACCGAUCGUGUCGAUCAGCCAGAGGAACUGUGGCCAUCAGAUUUUGCCAGAGGAUCUUAUCAAUUCCGGCCUGAAUCUCCGUAGACUCGAUCUGUCGAGAAACUCGAUCUCCCGGCUGAUGGACCGCGUCUUGCAAGCGCAGAGUGAGCUACGCGACCUGCGACUCGCCGAUAAUCUGCUGGGUGAUAGUCUGAACCCGAUCUUCUCCAGCAACGAGUUCCACGGCAUGGAAGAACUCGAGAUACUCGAUCUCAGCAGGAACGGUCUCAGGAGCAUCGAAGAAGGGAUCUUGAAAGGGUGCACGAAUCUCGAGGAGUUGUACCUCGAUGGCAACAAUCUGACCGCGGUGCCGACAGCCUCCCUCAAAGGACCGCGCGCCAUCCGAGUCUUAUCCUUGGCCGGGAACAAUAUCGCUUCUCUUCUACGAGGCGCUUUCACGACCAUCGGCGAGUCGCUGUUACGACUGGAUCUCAGCGACAACGAAUUAUCUCACAUGGAAGACGGUGCUCUCUCCGGCGUUCAACACUUGCUGUUUCUGAACAUCUCGCAUAAUUCCCUUAGCCGAUUCAACAGCGACGUCUUCAAAGGAGCGUUCAGCCUGUUGCAGCUGGAUCUCUCGGCUAAUUUCCUCCAGGAGUUUCCCACCGAUGCGCUAAGACACUUAACGGACCUGAAAUUUCUGAAUAUCUCCAACAACCUGAUCACCGAAAUAGAACGGAUACACUUGUCAGGCUUGACCGAACUACAAGUAUUAGACCUCAGCCGGAACAACAUAGGCCGACUCGGGGUCAAUACGUUCUCCAGCCUUUCCGCUCUCACGAGACUGGAUCUGAGCCUCAACGCGUUGCGCACGAUUGAAGAAUCAUGCUUCGAAGGCUUGACCAGGCUGAAAUGGCUAUCCUUGCAAGACAACAAUAUUCUGUUGGUGCCAGCUUUGGCGCUCACACGAUUACCUUCGCUGGUACAUUUGCACGUGCAAUUCAACCGCAUUGCCGCGCUCUCCACCGAGUUAAUUCGCGCCACAUCGACGAACCUCGUGACCCUAGGCCUAACGCGCAACCUAGUGCGCGAAAUACCAGCCAGAUUGUUCUACAACUUCGAGAAUCUCAUCAGCAUCGAACUGUCCGGCAAUAUGCUCUCGGUUAUCUCGCAGAAUACGUUCGCGGGCUUGGAGGACACUCUGUUGAAGCUGGACGUGUCGUACAAUAAGCUGACCGCCAUUAGCGAGCUGCCGCUGAGGAAUCUGCUUUCGCUGAAUCUGGCGGGUAAUCAACUGAAACGCGUCUCGCCGGAGACGUUCAAGUACCUGCAUCGACUGCAGUACCUGAAUCUCAGCAGCAAUCCGCUCUACGGCGGCUUCCCGCCGAUAUUCCCAUCGUCCUUGAUCAGUCUCGACAUAUCGUACACGGAACUGAAGAUUUUGCCGACGGUGCUGUUUCUGAAUCUCGAAUCCCUAGAGAGAAUCUCCCUGGCCGGCAAUCAGCUGCAGGAGAUCGACGAGGGCACCUUCCAGCAUCUUUACAAUCUCACGACACUCGAUCUGUCGUACAAUGCCAUCGAGCACAUCAACAACGGCGCUUUCGUCAGCCUGAUCAACUUGUAUUCGUUGAACUUGCGAGGCAACAAGCUCACAUCGUUCGCUGGCGAGCAUUUCAACACCGGUACGGGGCUGGAGAUCCUCGAUCUGUCGAACAAUCUCAUCAGUCAGUUGUCACCGACGGCCUUCGUGAUCCAUCCAAGGCUCAGGCGACUCGAUCUCUCGGGCAAUCAGUUCAUUCAGUUUCCCAGCGACUUCGUCAAGUCGCUACAAUUCUUGGAACGAUUGGACUUAUCUGGCAACAUGCUGCGCCACGUGAACGAGUUUGCAUUCUCGCAGAUGGGAAGACUACGCGCUCUGGAUCUCUCGCACAACAAAAUCGAAUCGGUGGAUGAACUGGCCUUCCACAACUCGACUCAACUUCAAUCGUUGGAUCUCUCCAGCAACGUUCUGGAGACAUUGAGCGAGCGUACGAUGGAAGGUCUGCUUCGAUUGGAGAACUUAGAUUUGCAUGAUAAUCGACUAGCUUCGCUGCCCGAAACUAUCUUCGACCCGUCUAGGAUUCGCGUUGUGGAGAGGAUCAACUUAUCUGGCAAUCGGUUUAACGAGAUACCGAUCCGCGUGCUGCAACGUCAGUCGGCGUCGCUGGUCAGUCUAAAAAUCGCCCGUAACCGUAUGGUGGAGGUGUUCACGCAGGAUAUCGUCAACAACGUGAAGGAGCUCGAUCUCUCGGAGAAUCCCCUGAGCGAGAACGCGGUACGCGGCAUUCUGGGCGAGGCGAAGAUUCUACGAUCCCUGAAUCUCGCUCGUACCGGCAUUAAAACGAUCCCCAGGCUGGAGACGCCGUUCCUGAAACAUUUGAAUCUCUCGGGUAACGCGAUCGCGGACAUCAAACCGAUCACGUUGGAGCGCACGACGAUGCUGGAGAGCCUGGACGUAUCGCGGAACCGUCUGGCGGACUUCACCAACCUGAUCAGCACCUUCAAGAUCCUCCCGGUGCUCCAAAGCCUGGACGUCUCCGACAACGAGGUGAAGACCAUCAACGAGAGCAGCUUCGACGGACUGAGCGCGUUGCGUUUCCUGAGAAUGGCAAACUUGCCCAACUGCACCAGAAUCGAGAGGAACGCGUUCAGGUCGCUGACGAGGUUGCGAUCUCUGCGCGCCUACAAUUACCCGAAGCUCGGCUACUUCGACGUGCAGGGUAUCCUGAAGCCUAUGACGCGCCUGGAGACGCUAGACGUCGAGAUCAAGGACUCGUCAGUCGGUAACGAACAAUUGUCCGUGCGCACUCAUCCGCAUCUUCGCGAGCUGACGUUGCGGGGUGAAAGAUUGCGCAGUGUUCUCUCGAGUUCACUGGUCGGCGUGCGAGGACCAAGAUUGUCCCUGGGACUGAAGAACACUUCCGUGGACUCGAUACCGACCGCCCUCUUUUUCCCGGUGCCGCGUUCCACCAAAGUCGCGUUGGACGUCUCCGGCAGCAAGUUCACCAGCCUGCCGGCACAAUUAUUGGCCGCUCUGGACGAACGCGGUGGUUCCGUGAGAAUCAGCGGAUUAGAGAGUAAUCCGAUCAACUGUAGCUGCGAAGCGAAACACCUAUGGAGAUGGCUCAGGCUGUCGAGCAACAGAAAACCCACUGUUGUCUGCGCCAGUCCCGAGCACGUGGCCGGUAUGCUCCUCAACAAUCUCACGGAGGAGCAUCUCUCCUGCGAUCGUACGACGCCGACAAAAUCGACGCAGACAACGGAAACGACACCGUCGACAAAACUGACCACGCCUGAACCGGAAAUUAUCUGGACUGUGGCACCGACGGUGCAGAACAAUCGAAACAAGCACUACAAUGAUCACACAGGUACAUCCACAAUGGGCAACAUCUCAAGCACCGACGACACCCUGAUCAUCGGUAUCGUCGGAGGUGUGGUGGCAUUUAUUGCAAUAAUCGUCAUCGCGAUCUGCAUUUGCCGGCUGCGAUGGAGCGGCCAGAUGAACGAGGCGAGGAUGGCGGCGAUGGCAGCGUCCAGCAUCCACGAAGCGUCGAUGAUUCGACCAGCGAGCGCCUACUCGGGAAAAAUGAAUCCCCACGAUGUCUACGUAAGCUCAUACAACGGCUCGACCUUGGGCCGCGCCGGUAAUGGCUCAAUACCACCAGCCACCCCCGUGCAGAUGAUGCCCUACGUGCAACCAAUGCAUGCGAUGCACGCCAUGGGUCCGCCGUCGCCACCGUCCUCGCAACAGGUUUACGGAUAUUACGACACUUCGCCCUUCUCCGUGUACGUUACGGAGAACAAACUCGACAGAUAAUGGACACCGGGCAGUGUUCGUGACAACGCGGAUGCUUGCGAAGGAUCUAAAGAUGCGUGAAAAAUUCAAAGAUACGCAAAAGUCGAUAGAGAAGACGCUAGGAAAUUGAAGUACUGGAUAAUACUCGUACUUGAAGAGUUUCGAGAUACGGAAUGUACUUAAACAAUGCACAGAAAACUUGAGCAGAUCAAGCGACCAAAUAAGUCUUCCAGAAAAGUAACAUAUUUUUGUAAAUUUAAUUAUUUUAUUUACAUAUUUUAUAAAAUAAUUAUAUUUGCAGUAUUAAUUACAUUUCUCCUAGUGUUAUAAGUGUAUGACUAUCGUAUCGUUUUAUAGAUUAUAUUGGCAUUAUUAAAUAAUAUGCGUUAUAUAAUUGUAAUCAAGAAUUAGUGUACAUAUACAUAUACCUCACGAAUCAGGAAUGAAUGUACAAAAUGUUGUUGCGUGUAGAGUGACGAUUCUGAUGUACGACAUAUAUUAUUCGGUAUAUAUAAUAAAAUUGUGCUUUACCGGCAAAAUCUGCCGAAAUUGAUAACAGAUUGACAGCACAAAAUCGCGCGAACUACAUUUCUUGCAUAUUCCAUUUACUCUGUUGAUUAAUUGGCAUUAUCGAGUUCGCGCUUGAUCGAACGGCACGAAUUUAGAGUGCCCGAAUUUUACAUCUUUUUUAAUUAAAAGAAUCUACGUAAAUAUCCUGCUCUAUUUUUCUGCCGUCAACAUGCCAUCUUAUUUUGUUAUCAAAUUCCAUUAAAUCUGUACUGACAUUCCGCCAAGAAAAUUUAUAGUAAACACUUUCUAAAAUCUGUUUCUGCAGAUUUGCUUGACUGGAUAUAUACAUGGAAAUGUUGUACACAAGACUAAAGAGUAGCAUGACGGUUUAUGAGUGAACAAAUGAAGUGAGAAGUGUAUAGAAAAAUGAUGCUCUUAUAUAUAAUAUAUCAAGCAAGUUUCCGUCUUUAUUUAGUAUUGGAAUAGGGUUUACACAGGAUAGUAUAUCAUGUACAUACAUACGUGUAUAUUUGAUAUAUCCGUAUAUAAAUGCAAUGUAUUAUUUAAUAGGCAGUUUAUAAUAACAAUUUAUAAUAUAAUCAUUUCAAAAACGUUUUUAAAAAAGAGCCAAUAUAAAGCCAAUAUUUGUAACAGUAUUUCUAUUUCUCUUCUUAAUAAGUUUAACACGUAGUCACGUAAGUCAUUCUGUAAUAAUGUGUUUCACCUGAUAGAAGCGACCGAUCGAUUUUUCAUUAUACGUUUAUAUCAAUUAUCUUAUAUUAUCUUCUAAGCGGAAUAUAUAAUAAAUAUUUUAAUAAUCAUGUGUUAACUAAAA